AUGAUAAUUGAUCAAGGUGACAAAGAAGUUCAAAACACAUCAUUGAACAAAUAUGCUUUGGCUUGUGCCCUUGUUGCUUCAAUGGUUUCCAUUGUCUCUGGCUAUGAUACCGGUGUUAUGAGUGGAGCAAUGAUUUUCAUAAAAGAGGAUUUGGGAAUCAGUGACACACAACAAGAAAUUCUAGCAGGAAUCUUAAAUCUUAUUGAUGUUGGCUUCUUUGUCUGUUUCAAUUCCUUUCUGUCAUUGUUAACUGUGAUGCCAACAAGGGUGGUAAUGAUCGUUUGGAAGCUUCUGAAAACAAGGAAGUUCAAGAGGCUGUCUCCAGUUGAAUUGUCGGAUUUUGGCUAUUUUAUUAUUAUGGCUUGUGGAAUCACUGUUUUGCAGCAAAUAGAUAUCAGCUUCAUAUAUCAUAUAAUCCGUGGUCAAGCAACAAUCAAACUGUAUGUGAUCUACAACGUCUUAGAGCCUAUCAGGUCAUCAACAGGUGGUUUUGGCCAGCAGGCUUACCGUCCACCUAGAGGAUCUGGUGGUCCACCUCAAUGGGGUCAGCGAAGCUCACAUUAUGGCCAUCAGCAAUCAUAUGACUAUCAACACCGCGGGCCAUAUCCUUCUCACAAUCAAUCAUAUGCUCCUACUCCUUAUGGAAAUUAUCCUCAACAUAUGGCUCCAAGGAGCAGCUAUGGUUCUGGUUGGGAGCAAAGGCCUCACCAGAGUAUACAGGGGCCACCCUCACAUAAUGGUGGUUAUGAUUAUUAUGGCGGACAAGGGGGUCAUUCAUCUGAGGCUCCAUCAUCUGCCCAACAUCCCAGUUCAGUUCCCCAACAUGGUACCGGACCUUCUCCUUUACCCUCCAUGGGCCCAUCCCCAGCACAGAUGAAUUACAAUUAUGGACAGCCUCAGGGCCAGGAUUAUGGACAUCAGACACCUUAUCAGCAGGCAGGACAUCCUCAACAAGGUUAUGGACAAGGUUAUCAGACACCUCAAGGCCAAAUGUUUUGCUAUAGUUCAUCAUAA